CAAUCGCUAUCUAUACUUCAUGUCCUUCCCUUCGCUAAUUCAUGUCCUCCCCUCUGCAGCGACAACGAGAGCAAGCGGCCGAGUGCCAGGACGCGGAGAGCGGAGGGAGCAGGAGGCGGUGCACAAGGCGCCGCUUCUGCUGUAGGCCUACCAUGGAUGCUGUUGCUGCUGCUUCCCCUACUGCUGCGUCUGUUCCGGCUCUCCCUCAGGUUGUAAUCGCCUGUGAGGUUACUUCUGCUCCUCCUGCUAUUCCCGAAGUCAUACCAGCUGCUAGAUUCGCUACUACUACUUAUACUACUCCUGCUACUUCUGAGGUUGCUACUGCUGCUACAACUUCAGCUUCAAAGGUCACUCCUGCUACUGCCACUUCGUCUGAGGUUAAAGCCGUUCCAAAAGGCUCUCCUGCUGUUCCUGCCACUCCGUCUGAGGUUAAAGCAGUUCCAAAAGGCUCUCCUGCUGUUACUGCCACUCCGUCUGAGGUUAAAACAGUUCCAAAAGGCUCUCCUGCUGUUACUGCCACUCCGUCUGAGGUUAAAACAGUUCUAAAAGGCUCUCCUGCUGUUACUGCCACUCCGUCUGAGGUUAAAACAGUUCUAAAAGGCUCUCCUGCUGUUACUGCCACUCCGUCUGAGGUUGAGGGAGUUCGACAAGCCUCUGCUAUUGCUCCCUACACUACUUUUUCCACCGACGUCCCUGCUGGCACGCCCUCCGGUAAUCCAGCCUCCUCUGGGUCCGGCACCGCCCCCAUCGGCUCCCAGGCCUCCGCGCGGUGUCCCAGGCUGCUCCCGAGGCGUACUGACUCGCAGGAGGGCAGGGCCAGGGCGUGGAUGGCGGUGACGCUGGGGGAGCCAUGUGAGCGUCCGGGCCUCAGCCUGAUGAAGGUGUGGGCGUGGAGAGAAGGACGCAAACGGUAAAGAGAAGAAACCACGAAGGAGGGAUGAAAACCGAAGACAGCGAUGAGGAGAAGGUAGAGAAAGACGAAUAAAAAAGAAGAAAAUGCAUGCAACGUAUACUGAGGGGUUUAUUUAUUGAGAGAGA